UAUUGACUCCAUUCCCUAUUGUAUGAAGGACUUUUUCCAAGUAAAUUAGGGUUCAAAGUGAAGUCUUGCCAAAAUACAGAAAUUUUGGUAGACUUCACGAGAAGGAGAAAAAGAGAGGAGCUAGACGUUGAAUGACCAGUUUAAUUCUUUUCUCAGACAGUGUAUUAAAGGGGAACAAGUUCUAGAAUGGGGUGAUUUUCAGUGAGGAUGAUUCACAUGUCGCGUAAAAAAUCUCAACCGGAAUGAUCCUUUGGAUCAUCUCCUAAUAAAGAUCAUCAGUCGUAUUAUCCACUCAGUUUCAGUUUUUAAGGAUAGGUUGGAUAGAGACGGAGGAGGCAUUAACAGAUUAUGAGACCCUAGAAUGAGAAUUAGUUAAGUUUCAGGAAGAUUGUGGUAUCCAGACAUCUGAACCAGUUUUUGGUACAGUUAAAACCUUAAUAGGAGAAAAAGAAAAUAAAUUGUGAUGAAACCACAGAAAGAUGCUCGAUGUUUUUCUUGAUUUCGAAUUCCUUGUAUUAGAACUUUUCUGGCAUAUUUUGCUGGCCUUUGAUACCAUUACAGACGAAGUAGUUGAAUUUUGUCAGGUUUUUAGCUUCAUGGUCGAAGGAUUUGUUCGGUACAUCUCCUUUCGGAUCUUUAUAACUUAGAGGUUAUUGUUGUUGUCCGGGAUAUGAAGAAUCGGCGAGAAUGAAUGGUUUUCUUUAGGCGUGCACGAGGUCUGGUGUAUUCUAGUUAGUUUAUCACACUUGGCCGAGUUACUGUUAGUCAGUUAUAACAUCAUGAGUUCAGUCCAGAAAUCUGUUUACUAUUGCUGUGUUUCAAAGGGAAACCGGAUUCUCUACUCUUACACCUGUGGAGAUAAUGAGAUUGAAACUUUAGCAGCUAUGUGCUUAGAAAGAUCUCCUCCUUACCACGUCUGGUACUCUCAGACCAUUAGGAAAAGGACUUUUGGCUAUCUAAUGGAGGAUGAACAUAUAUACUUCACAAUUGUGGACGAGGGUCUUGGAAAUGCGGGGGUCCUUCAGUUUUUAGAACAUAUAAAGGAUGAAUUUAAGAAGAUUACAAGAGAUACGAAGAAUGGCUUAAAGGGAAGUAUGUCGGGAUUAAAUUCUGUUUGCCUCCAAGAACAAAUGGUUCCUGUUAUCCGGAGCUUGAUAUCAUCAUUAGAGCAGGUAUCUCAAUCAAGACGUAUUUGGAUGGGUGAGAAUCCAUCAUCACAUCCAGGUCCAUCUCCAUCUCCUGAAGGUAAUCCGAACAACCAAGCUGAAGGAGCCACAUCUACGAAGAUGCCACUUCUGGGAAAACCUAACAAGCAUGACAGGAAGAAAAUGAAGGAUAGGAUAGUGGAGGUUGCCGGUGGUUCUGAUGAACAGCGGAGAUCUACAGAUCGAGGUGUAAAGAUUGAUGUUGGAAGUAUUGAAGCUAAUAGCCAAGGUCUGGCGAUGUCGAUACAAAAGUGUUCAAACUCAGCGAGAAUCAAAACAAGCCGAGAACAUGCACGUAGAGUGUGGUGGCGCCAAGUUCGAAUUAUUAUUGCUAUCGACAUACUUGUGUGCUUAGUCCUAUUCGGGAUUUGGUUAGGGAUUUGCAAUGGGUUCCACUGCAUUUCUAGCUAGUCCAAUGUAUAAUUCUCACAGCUUCAGGAGAUGAUACGGAUCAAACAAUGUCUUGAAAACUGGGCUUCUUUGCAGAACUUGGAAUUGCCUAUUGCUGGGCAUGGUACAUAUGAACUCUGACCCUUGUAGUCGGUACCUUCUGAAAAUAAUUGUCUGUACAGUCUUGUCGUAGCUUUUCAUACAUUUAAUGUCUUCACAGAGAGAGGGAGAGUUAUAUGGGUAUUAUUUGGUUUGUUGGAACAAUAGAAGUAUUGUGAUAAUUCAAUCUCUCUACUCAUUUGCAGUAAUAUUCUGUGUUGUUAUUUGAUCCAUCUAUACGGUAGUUAAAAUUUGUGGCAUGUUAAACAGGUUUUGAUAUGUAUUAUUGAGAGAUUGUAUUUGUAGAGAAA